AUGCUAGCCCGGACGGUCAGAGGAACCCUGCCCCGGGGUCAGCGCCACGCCGGGCCUUGCGCCGCCUGCCCCCGCCAGCCACUUCCGCUGGAGCCUUUUCGAGCACAUUCCACCAGGACUGGGUCUCUGGCAGGCUCUGGGCCGAGCCGGCGCACUGGAGGAGGUAGCACGACCCUCGCCCGGAUCCCCAUCCCUUGCGGCCCGCUGCUUCUCCUCUGGGCUUCGGGCCGGAGCUGCUCUCCUUUCCAUUCGCACCGGGCGGAGCGGGGAGCCAAGCAUCUCUCCCUUUUGCUCGGAGGGCCCCCGGCCCGGAUAGGGGUCUCCACGCGCCCCCGGCCCUCCGUCCGCUACCCAACCUUCAGCCCGUUCCACGAGCACCCCCCCUCCGCUUCCAGAGCUGAGUUCCCCGCCCCCACCAAGACGAGCCGGCGCCAGGAGAGGAGGGGAGGACCCGGACCACCCAGCCCCCACCCCAAGCAAGUGGGGAAAAGAGGGCAAGUGACCACGCUGGGCGCGCCUGGGGCCUCUGGCCCGGAGCACCCGCGCUCCUCCGCCCGCGGCACGGCUCCCCUGGGGCGCGCCGGGCGCCUCCUGGCACCGACUCCGCCGUGCCGCGUCCUUAAAGGCGCCGGCGGCCCUGCCGGCCUUUGUCCCUUUGGCUGGGAAGGUCACGCCAGGGACUCUGGGCAGCCUCAUGGGCCCCUCGAAGCGCUCGCCUCCCCACCCUUCCUCCACUCCGUCCUCCAAAAUUUACACUAG